AUGGACCAAAUCAUUGCCGAGAUCAAGAAAAUUCCCCCAGUGACUAGAUUCAUUUGUGGAUCUUCACUGGUGGUGACUCUCUCUUUGAUUUUAAACACUGUUUCGUUCUACUCAGUAGCCUUCCGAUGGAAUUUUAUAUACCCGAAAUUUCAGCUUUGGCGUCUAUGGUCGUCUUUCUUUGUAGGAGGUGGAGGGCUGAUGUACAUAUUUGAGCUUAUGAUGCUAUAUCGCACUUCGAACGACAUUGAAACCAAGGCGUAUUUCUUGCGAUCCGCUGACUAUGCCUACCAACUCAUCUGGGCGUGUGUUGCUAUCAUCUUCACGACGUGGCCGUUCUCGCCUUCUAUUUUCACCCGACCCUUCCUAUUAUGCCUCGUUUACGUAUACGCCGCCCUCGCCCCUCCAUCGACCAUGACAUCCAUCAUGGGUCUUGUCACCGUUCCAGUGAUAUACUACCCAUACAUCCUUAUUGCAUUUGACCUCCUUUCAGGCGGUCCUCAGGUGGCAGCGUUGUCCGUGGCCGGCGCUGUUGUUGGCCAUCUUUGGUGGUGGACUGUUUGGGGCGGAGAAAUGGCCUCUCGCGGAGUGUUGAGCAACAGAGCAAGGGCGCCACGCUGGUUGUGCAAUUUGAUGGGACAGACGAACCAAGCAGGGCCGCCCCCAGCGGCUGGAGGUACUGCGCAGAGUCUGGCCCGCGGUGGAAUUUACGUUACAGCACCACGACAAGCUGCAGAGGCGGGGAAUCCUUCAGGACACACUUGGGGAAGUGGAAGGCGGCUGGGUAGCUGA